AUGGUGAUGGAGAGAUCCCCGAAGAGCGCGCCGCCACCGCUGCCCGCGAGGCCGCGCACUUUCCGACGGAAUUGCGGCGACCAAGUGUCAGUUACGUCACCGACGAAGGUCUACAUAGAGACCAGCGCGAAGUCGCCGCACUACAGCCUCAACGAUGUGUCCACCAAGAGGAAGCUGGUACAGGAGCCCCAAGAUUCGGACGAGAGGGUUAGACUGAUCAAGGUGCUGGAGCAGACCUGUUGGCUCUGCGUCAAAACCGUGCUGCUGGACGGCGAGUUCGAGGUCCAGGAUCUCGUGGCGUUCAUCGACGGAGACAGUAGCGAGUCCGGCCACUUGUACGAGUCGCUUGAGCCGCCACCCAUCACCGGCGCCCACCUUGCCCACGGGGCCCACGUUGCCCACACGAGUCCCGUUGCCCACGCGCUACCACUCGACGAUGACUUCGACUCGUUCGACAGCGACAGCGACCCGGAAGAUCACGAUCAGUCGUCGAUUGCGCAGGCCGCCCCUCCUGUGCCUCAACGCGGCUCCCCUCACCACCCAACGGGGGUGGGCCCUACACCCUCACGAAAA